UUGUGACAAUUUAUUUAGCAUCAAUUAGCCAAUUUUUAUUCUCCUAAGAUAUUGGAUAAAAUCAUUAAGGCUUAGUUUUUAAUAUUAUUUUUGGUUUUUAGAUGAUGCUUUAUAUAGAUAUUAACGCCAUCUGUAAUUUUUUCUGUAGGUAAAAUAUCAUAGAAUCUCUAUACUUUUUGAUACUAUUCAGUUUAUAAUCUAUGGAAGUUAUUAUACGAUACAAUUCAAUUUAUACGAAUUUAACUACGUAUUCCAAUUGUGAUUAAAUAGUGAAUCUAACAAGGGUUACUAUUAGCAACAUUAUGUCUCCGAGAUUAAGGAAACGUCGUACAAUGGAUACACCCGGUGUUACCACAAGAAAAAGAGCUAGAACACUUAAUUUGAGAAAUAAGAAUUCUAACUCUUCGCAAGAUUUUGAGAAAAAUAUUGAAUAUAAGAAAAAAAGUGAAAUCAAUGUUUCACUCCAAAGAAUGAAACAACCGAGAACGAUAAAUUCUUUAAAUAAAUCAUUUUCAGAAAAAAACACAAGCUUAGAAAAAUCAAAGAAAAGUUAUACUUCCAACAGGUUUAGUAUGAUUAAAAAUCUUAAGCCAAAGGCAAAUAAAUCUAUUGUACAUAAUGAUUCUGUAAGUGAUAUUGAGAACGUAACGUGUGAACUAUUUAAUGAUCCAUCUUUCAAUUUGGGUAUGAAUAAUGAACAGAAAAGCAUUCAAGACUUAUCGCUAAAUAAAAUUGUUACUCCUAAAAGUAGUCCUAUUUCAAUAACUUUAACACCUCAGAGGACUACCAAGACGCCAAAAAAAUCACCUUUACAUUUAAAUUCUCCUAAGACGCAUUCUAGAGUCUCUCUUACAACAUCAAAAACACCUAGAAAAUUAAUGCUUUCUGUUCAUUCUCCUACUAUAUUUAAUAAAUCUGAAAAAUCUUCAAAAAGCAGAAAAAGAAUGAAUGAAAGUACAUUAAGUAAUGAUUCAAUGAGUAAUAUUAAAGUAAAAUUAAACAAAUUAAAGAUAAAUCAAAAGGAAAUUCGUUCAUCUUCCAAAAAGAUAUUAAGGUUAUCUAAAUCUCCAAAAAUUGUAUUAAGAUCUCCAAAAAAGUCUAAAAGUAAAUCAUCAAAAAUGAGAUUAUCUAGUAAAAAAAAUACGAGCUUUACGAUAUUAAACACAAAAAAAUCCCCGAAAAAGGAUAUAUCAACAAAAAUCUCUAAUCGUUCCAAGAAAAAUUAUGUAGUUAACAAAUCAUUGUCGAGAAAAGCAGAUAACUUAGAUAUAACUUCGACAAAUUCAAAUAAUCUAUCUGCUUUAUAUAAAGAAAUAAUAUCAAAAAAGCCAGUGAUAAUACUUGAAAGAAUCCCAUUAUUGGAAAACUUCAUUCGAUCAUCUAAGUCCAUAAAUAAUCAACACCUAAUGAAUAGCACGUUUAACGUCAAACAAAUAGAAAAACAAUUGUUUAAUAUUUCAAAUUCUUUAAAAACUUUAUUUUCAUUAUGUCCAACAAAAAAAGAAGAAUUAAAUAAUAUAAAUACUUUAAAUUUAACAUCAAGCCCAAAAAUAAAAAGUAAAUCGCAUCUAAGAGUAAGUGAUAAUAUGUUACUUCAUUUAUCACCAAAAGCAUCAAGUAGUCCUGUAAUUGAAAAAAGAAUACAUAGAAUGUCUAUUGGUUUCAAUUUGACUAAUAAGACAAAUAAAUUUUAUAAUAGCAGUCAAAAUAACACUAUUAAUGUUAAUGAAAAGAAAACUAAUAUAGCAGAUCAGACAUAUGAGCUUCUUGAGCCAAAAACUCCGUGCUUACAAGUACAAUGCAGAAAACGUAAAGCAGCAGAAAAGAACUCUAAUAAUGAAAGAGAUACAAAAAGAACAUGUAAAGUUCAUUUUGCUGCUUCAGAAUCUUAUAUUAGUAGAUCGCGGAUAACAACAUUAAAUAAUAUAAAUGCUGAGCUUAAUUGUCCUAUUUCAUUAUUCAAAACAAGAUCUGUAUCCAAUAGUUCAACAAAUAAGAAUACACAGAAUUCUGAAAUUAAAAGAUCUCUUCUUAACAAUACUAGACAAAUAGAAAAGACACCCUCAUCUACAUUAAAAAAAACAAAAUUUAUUGGAAGUGAAGUGAAAAAAGAUAUCAAACUACAUAGUGCCACAAAAAUUCCAAAUUUUCAUGAAAUACACACAAAAUUGUUCUCUAAAAUGGAAUCUCUUGUAGAUAAUAGACUUCGCCUGAGAAAGCAACAUAAAGCAUUAAAAUUACUCAAUGUUUCAAAAUUAAAUACACCAAAAAAUGUAAAACCUUUGCCAACUAAAACAAAAAAUGACAGUUACAAUAAAUUUGGUUUUAAGAUAAGGAAACCUGAAGCCACCAACAUUGUUUUAACAAAAAAACCGCCAAAUCGGCAUCGUGCUGCUAUAGCUUUUGAGAAAAGAAGACAUGGUCGUUCAUUGCUUUGGUGGAUAAUACAUCCAUACAGCACUUUAAGAUUUUUCUGGGAUCUAUUGAUGAUAAUUACAUAUUUGUAUAUUUUCAUCAUGGUACCAUAUAUCAUGACAUUUCAUAGAAUAGCUAAAAACACAGAUACUGAAUCGUGGAUAAUUGUUUAUCCAGCAUAUGUAGUUUGUAUAAUUGAUAUAAUCCUUAAUUUUAUAACUGGAUAUGUAUCAACCGACGGUAAUGAAAUAUUUCUGAAUCCUGUUUUAAUAGCACGGUAAAUUUAUAAAGAUUUUUUGAAGAAAAUCUCGAUGACAGAAAAUUAGAUAUAUUUAAUAAUAUUAUUUAUCUUCAAGGAAUUAUGUAAAAAGAUAUUUUUUCAUAGACCUUGUUUCCUCUAUUCCUUAUACUUGGUUUUAUAAACAACGCAUAUUGCCACCUGGACCUAAUUCAAAUUCCAUAUUUCUUUUACUCGAGAUCUUGCCUAUAUUAAAGAUUAUAAGAUUAGGUACACUGUAUCAUUAUCUUAGACAACUUAAUAUUGUAAGUUUCUAUAAGAUAACAAUAUUUUCUAAUGUAUUAUUUAAAUAAGCUAAAAAGAAUAAUAUAUUCGU